AUGGCGGCCACAACGGCGCGUUCGUUGACUCUGAUGUUGGUCUGCCUGCAAGCGGUGUUUUCCCAAGACACACCUUACUACAUGCACCGGUGUGAUCGAGACGCGUCGGACGUGAACGAUUGCCUACGGUACGCGGCAAACAAGCUGGCGAGCUACAUUCGGCAAGGCAUCCCCGAAAUUGGCAUCGUCGACGUGGAGCCAGUCGUUGUGGAUGAGAUCAGCAUCGCCCUUGGUAGCGGUCCGGAUGGUUACAGGGCCAGCUUCCGCAACAUCGAGGCGUACGGUGUAAGCAACCUAUCGAUCGUGAACGUGCGUUCGGAUAUCGACACUAUGCAGUACCAGAUGACGAUCGAGAUCCCGAAAAUCAAAGCCACCGCCCAAUACCAAUCGUCUGGUGUGCUGCUGCUGAUCCAGGCAUCUGGUGCCGGCGAGUACUGGGGCGAGUACGAGGGUGUUAAGGCGAAGACCUACUUUAAGGCAACGCCGUACCAGGGUGAAGAUGGAUUGACCUACCUGACGGUUGACCAGACGAAGAUGGAUUUCAGCGUGAAGGAGAUCAAGAUGGGCGUGGAGAACAUCGCAAACCAGAACGCCAUUAUUCAUGCUGCGAUGAAUCUGUUCAUCAACACAAACGCCCAAGAGCUGCUGAAGGAGAUGAAACCCCAGCUGCGAACGAAACUGACCGAACAUUUGCACUCCUUCCUGCAGCAGCUGUUCGAUCGCAUUCCGGUUGAGCAGUGGCUGGAUUAG